UUGAUUUCUUCUUCUAAAUCCCGAUAAACUUGUAAACAUCUUGGGCGCUUUCUCUUCCUUUCUCCCUUCCUUUUCAAUUAUCUCCUUCUUCCUCGGCCACUCUGUUUUUGCAGACUCUCUUCUCCAACUUCCAGCUGGGUUUUAGAGAUGAUUCAGAGGAGUUCAUGCUUACGCAGCUUGCUCCAAUCUCUGCGUUCUGGUUCUUUUUCUGAUCUCAAGGUUGGAGGCCAACGUAGAUAUCCAUCUAUGGCUGGUGCUUCUCUACAGGAACAGCUUAAGCCAUCUAGUUCCAGUGAACAUGAGUAUGCUAACGUGGAUUGGGAUGAUCUUGGAUUUGGGAUAACACCGGCAGAUUAUAUGUAUAGUAUGAAAUGUUCCAAAGGGGAGAAUUUUAGAGAAGGACUAGUAAUUCCCUUUGGGAAUAUUGAGUUGAGCCCUUCAGCUGGAGUCUUAAAUUAUGGACAGGGAAUUUAUGAAGGUACUAAGGCAUAUAGGAAAGAAGACGGAGGCAUUAUUCUCUUUCGUCCCGAUCAAAAUGCCAUUCGAAUGAAGAUUGGUGCAGAAAGAAUGUGCAUGCCUUGCCCUUCUGAAGAUCAGUUUAUUACCGCCGUGAAACAAAUUACAUAUGCUAACAAACAUUGGGUUCCUCCUCCGGGAAAAGGGUCUUUAUAUAUUAGGCCUCUACUUAUAGGAAGUGGUCCUGUACUGGGUUUGGCACCGGCACCUGAAUAUAGAUUCCUCAUAUAUGCUUCCCCUGUUGGCAAUUAUUUCAAGGAAGGCACGGCGCCUUUGAACUUAUAUGUUGAGCGAGAAUUUUCUCGUGCGGUUCCUGGUGGAUGUGGAGGGGUGAAGACAAUCGGUAAUUACGCUCCAGUUUUAAAGGCACAAAUGAUGGCGAGAAAGCAAGGAUUUUCGGAUGUCUUGUACCUAGACGCCGUGAAUAAGAAAAACCUAGAGGAAGUUUCUUCUUCUAAUAUUUUCGUUGUGAAGGAUAAAAUUAUCUCGACUCCUGUCACAGUCGGAACAAUUCUUGAAGGUGUUACUCGAAAAAGUGUUGUAGAGAUUGCUUGUGAUUAUGGUUAUCAGCAGGUGGAGGAGCGAGCUAUUCCGGUGGACGAUUUGGUUGAGGCAGAUGAAGUUUUCUGUACAGGAACUGCAGUAGGCCUUGCUCCAGUAGGCAGUAUAACAUGCCAAGGAAAAAGAUUCGAAUUCAGAAUCAGUGGCGAAUCUGUUUGUAACAAUUUGUACACCAUUCUUCACGGAAUCAAAACAGGUAGAAUUGAGGAUAAAAAGGGAUGGAUCAUUGAGAUCAUUUGAACUAUAUUUGCAGGCUUAUUAAUCCUUCCUGUAAUUAUGAAUAAAUUGUGGGUAAACAUUUGUGCAUUGAAAUCGUUUGAACUAUAAAAUUGAAAACAUAAAUCAAUAGUUACAAUAUUUUAGAGAGUCA